AUGAACCAACAGUGUAAGGUGUGUGGAGAGCCAGCAGCCGGCUUCCACUUUGGUGCUUUUACGUGUGAAGGUUGCAAGGUUGUAUCACAGCAAUAUUUAAUAAAGGCCGCGCGGUGCGGCAACCAAUCGCAAAUUGUCGCGUCGUUUGCAAUUUGCUACUCCGAAUCAAUUUGCGAAGUUUUUGUCGCGCGUAAUGUCGCUCGAUUCAAUUUUGCUGUUAACUGCUUGAAUUAUGGACGUGAAGAAACUUAUUCUGAUUUUGUAAUUGCGUUUCGUAUUAAGAAGGCAUUUUGA